UAUGCUCGCAGUUUUGGAAUGGUAUGUUGAACUGUCAGUAACAGUAUCGAUCUCAAAGGUGCUUACUUUGUGUAUUACAAUCAAAGGAAAUACCACAUGCUGUAUUGCUUUUUGUUUAUUAUGAAAUGCAAAAGUAGUUUUUACAGCCAGGUAUAAUUUGUAGCUUUGAAUGCAGCAGAUGUCAACUUCUGAAUGAUUUCGGAGUCAGUAGUGUUGAUGCAAAUUUUUCUUGUAACAAUCGGUUAGUGACCAAGGCCACAAAUGUCUCCUCCGAUUCCUCAAAUUCCCCUUUGAUCAAAGUCUUUGGCCAUUCAAUGGGUUGAAAAGCCCAACCUGUUGGGGGAAUUACAUUAUUACAAGACAGCAUAAGGUAGUCAUUUGAUUUUGCAAUUGUUGCCUGAGGUUAGAAUAGACCCACUUGCCAGACAUGUUUGGUUAAUGGAUGAGACACGCAAUCAAAAUAUAUAAUUCCCAACCCACCAAGGUGUGCGUUACAUCGCGGACAUGUAGCCACUGUCCAGGCAUAUCCAGGAUACCAGGUGAAAUGUUUGUCCGCAGGCCAGUGCUUGACAACGUCUGCCUUUCUGAAAGUCAUGACUUCAAACUGGUAGCCCUGUGGGUUUUCGAACCGCUGGACGGGCACUCUUCUUUCUCCAACAACCGUAUCAUUUCUAUAAGAGAGCGCAAGUCGACUGUGGAUAAAGUUGGCAUCUUUCUCAAAAGCCAAUUCAUGUCCACAGGACCUGCAGAGUAAUAAGUCACCGACUUCUUCGCCAACACAGGAUUCGACGAGUUUAAAGUCGCACAGAAAUGCAGUGAAAAACAUAAGUGUUUGUAGCCGAAUUCCCCACAGCUGUCUCACUCUGGCCGCCAUUGUUGGCAACAAUGUUGCAACUCGAAUCGCAUAUUUAUACUUGUGUAUCAUUAUUGUAUGUGUGCAAAUAUAUUGUACACCUAGAUGCGAGUUCGGAAGAAACACAAGAGUAGUCGGAAAUGGCGCUUCCUUACAGCCGAUUCAUAUAUUUAUAGACAUCUCAAAUUUGAUUCGUUCGAAAACCUCCCACAUUAACUGGAAAACCACGUAAUGUUUACAAGGACCGGCGUCAAUAUUGAAUGAAUCCCUUAUCGCUUUGCGCCGUCUACAGGUAGGGGGUGGCAUUUCAAGGAAAUACUACGUGUUGAGUGUCAUAUUCAUGUGUAAACAUACUGAAUUAUAAUUGGAUGCAUUUUACCGCCAUAUCAUACUGUGCUAUGAUUGGUUAAGACCACCCAAAUGGUUAGGUCAUGGUCCGUUUCAUCCUGGUUGGAGAUACGUGAACAUGUCAGUUAUAGCUAGCUAAUAAAGAGCUACGUUAAGAAAUAUCCUGUAGUACUGCAUUUUCUUAUUUUGUACAAAGUGUGCAAACAAGACAUUGAGGACGUCCUGUUACUACUGGCAACGUAAACUCGAACGUGGGUUCAACGAAUGUUCUCCAAUCGCAGACGGGUGUCGUUACAAAUCGGUUAUGAACGAGCCAAUUGCGUACGAGAUGACCGGAUCGUGUCCCGUCAGCAGAGAUUCAGUAGAGACCACACCUGUACAUGUACACCUGAAGAGGAGUCAGAAGAGCUGGACUGCAAAGACCCCACAGAUGAAGAUUAAAGAGGUGCAAAUCAAAGGGGAUAUUGGGGACCUGUGUGCCAGAGCGAGGUCCCGGGCCCCCUGGGUGCCGGCCCCAGGAAGAACCUCCACUCGGGAUGACGCAUACAAGUGGGAGGUCCUGGAACUGUUUGCUCCUCACAGAUACAUUUUCAUCCAAUACUAUGGACGUUCCUUACGUUUUUACAUUGACAAAGAUCCAUUAUUUCUCACUUCCCACAGAUAUAAUAUCCUACAUGUUAUCAUUCGAUAUACUACCAAUGUUGAUUUUCAUGUCUCUCAGGGGCCUUCAUACUGUCUGGAUAUCAAACCUGUAUCACAUGCUAAGCCUUCCCUGUCCCCACUGCAGUUGACUGACCUGUCUGAUGAGGAUAAACAAGAGCAGAGGAUGCAUAGCCAGUGUAACAAAUAUAGGAGGAAGAUUGAUGGACUCAUGAUGGAUGUUGGGUCUCCAAAGAAUUACGUGAAGCUGUGGAAGAAGGAGCGUAUGAUGGAGCACCAGUCAAAGUGUCUGAGCGCAUGCCAGCGUGUCAUCGACGAGCAGGAGGAGGAGCUGCUGGAUGCCAACAAAGAGCUGGACCUCAGAGAACGAGAGAAGAUCUCCAUCCAACACUCCCUAAGGAAGAGGGGCGAAGCAGGCUACAACAGUGUUCAUUCGGGGACUCUACACGGGGAAAGACACAUGCUACUGAGGAAGCUGGUAGAAGUGGAGUUUGACGGGGUGGCAGUGGUCACACAGUUGACAGCAUUGAAUGAGUCCAUGGGUGGUGUGAAAAAGGAAAAGCGGUUGUCCAAGGCGGACGCUGCCCUGCUUGGUAGGCAGCAGGAGUUGCUGACAAAGAAGAUAGAAACAUUUGAAAGCACAAACCGCACUCUCCAAGAACUCCUCAGGGAAUGCCAUGAGCGAGAGAUCGAAUCAUUGAGGACGUCAGAGCAAAGGCGAGGACUACUGAAGAGACUGGCGGACAUAGAAGCAGAAAAAAUUCAUCUUGCUACAAAACUCAACAACAAAGAGAAGGAAGCCACCCAGCUUGCAGUACGUUUGGAUUCUGAAAAGGACAUUGUGAAGACCACAGGAGAGCUGUCUAAAGUUCUGGAGUCAACCUGCAGCCAGCUUAUGGUUCAGUUACGCAGCAAAGAGACUGAAAAUGACCGCCAGGCCGGCCGGAGCAAAGAGAUGGAGCAGACCCAGGAGCAGCAGAAGGAGAAGAUACAGGCCCUGCUGGAGCAGCUGAAGCGACAGAGUAAAGAGGACAAAGAGAGUCUGAAGCUGGCCAACCAGAGGCAGAGGGCAGAGCACAGUGAGGAUUCAGCCAGACAUCUCUCUGCACAGCUGCUGGAGAAGGAGACUGAGUUGGCAGAGGCCCUUACCUCAGCUGAGAGCUGGUGUACCCGCCACUCUAAAGAGGUGACUGUUAAGAGCCAGCUUGAAGUGGAAAUCGCUGUUCUCAAGAACCAGGUGAGUGAGCUGACUGCACAGAUCCACACUGUGGAAGAGAAAGGCCAUCCAGAGAGGGAGGGGCUCCUGGACCAACUGCACCGCCUCACCUCUGACAACUCCUCCAACAAACUACAGAACCAGAAACUGAAGAUCACCCUGUCUGCUGCAGAGGAGAACCUGAUGCAGUCCCAGUCUGAAGCCCAGCAGCUGAAGAGUUCAGUCAAGAAGCUAGAGAGCCAGGUGGAAAACUAUAAGCGCAAGGUUCGGAGGGCUCGAUUAGAGUCAGAGGAGUACUGCUUAAAGCUGGAGAUCUCUGAGAAACAUGCACAAGCUAUGAAGGCUGACCUGGAGAGAGAGAUUGAGCAGGUCAGGAGGCAGCUGCUGGGCCGUCUGAAAGAGCUGGAGCCUCUGCCUGAGAUGCUGAAGCGUUCUGAGCUGCAGUUGAGAGUGGCCCAGGAAGAGACACAGACUCAGGAGAGGAGAAACACUGAGCAAAACAAUGCCCUGUCUGAACUCAGACACAAGGUGGAACAACAGGGAUGUUGGGUGGAGACUUUUCAAGAGAAUAAUUUUCUUCUGGUGGAGGAGCACAACAAUCUGCAGCAGAAGAUGGACAUUAUAGAGAGGAAACUGGAGGGGGCAAACUUGCAGAACAGAGAUAUGGUCCAUGAAAUCGGCAAGCGGGAGGAGACCAUCCAUAGCACCCAGAAACAGCUGGAGGAGCGGGCCCGGGAGUGCAGCAUCCUCUCCACGCAGCUGGAGCAGGCCUUCAAGGAUGGUCAGAGAGAGGCGGAUCAGAGCCUGGAGCGGGCUUUAUUCAAAGAGAGGUCCAUCCAGACCAAGGCUCUGGACCUGGAGAGCCAACUGGGCCUCAGAAAGACAGAGCUCAGUCAGUUACGAAGGAGCAAAGAGGAUAUGGAGCUACGAUUCCAGAAUCAGUUGAAGAACAUGAAGGAGAGACUGGAACAAUCUGACUCUACCAAUCGCAGCCUGCAGAAUUAUGUUCAGUUUCUCAAAGCUUCAUAUAGAAAUGUGUUUGGUGACUCUGUGCUAUCAAGCUCUCUACACACACACUUACCAAUCUGAUUUAAUAGUGUUCGCCUUAUAUUGUAUGAGUUGUGUACCAAUGAUCUAUUUGUUAUUUUCAGUAUUAAUGUACUGUAUACUGUUAAUCAAAACUAUGAUAAAAUCUUAAAAUGAAAA